AUGCAUGAUUUGUGUAUCACCAUUGUGGAGGAGCAUACGAAACGAGUUUGUCGAAAUUUCGCAUUGACGCACACGCGUCGGCGCACCAUCACCAUUGAGGAGGAGGAGGCGCCAUCCAGGCCACAACAAAAACAACAACAGCCGCAGCAGAGACAGCAAAAGGCGCAGUCGCUGCCACCAAUAUCGAAGUUAAACGCCAAAACAACAACGACCACAACCACAACAACCACGAAAGGUCCCAACACCACCACCAACAAACGCAUCACACGCGAGUACGUGCUGCCCAGCUCCACGCUCAGUGAGUCUACUUCUGUGACCGUAGCAGUGCCCACAAAUUCGUGUAUCAAAGUGUGGGCCGAGGAGGACAAAGAUCAGAACUUGUUGUUGCACAUUAGAAAGCAGCGCAGCGAUAAGCCUGGCGAGCGGGCGCAGCAGCGCAGCAUUUGA